AUGCAAUUAUUUCGGAGUAUACGCCAUUUCCGGCCUCCGGGAGUGUUUCUACGCCAUUUACAAACUCCCUCGACACCGCCAGACUUGCGAAAGUACCAGAAAGAAUGCAUUUCGGCAUGUUUGGACGCAUUGAAUGCCGGUAAACGACGAAUCGCCGUCUCGCUGGCCACAGGAGGAGGCAAGACGGUGAUCUUCGCGAAUCUGCUGAACCAGAUUGCGGCCAAGAACACGGGUAACAAAGUACUGAUUCUUACCCAUCGAAAGGAGCUCGCUACUCAGGCGCAAAAUCAGAUUUCACGGUUCAAUCCAGAUCUGAAGGUCGAGAUUGAAAUGGGAACGACUGUGGCUGAUCCCUCGGCAGACGUGGUGGUUGCAGGCGUCCAAACACUGCAGGGCAAGCGUUUGGAGCAGCUGGAUCCUACUGAUUUCAAGGCCAUUAUCAUUGACGAAGCACACCAUGCCGCCAGUCAGUCGUAUCUCAACAUCAUUCAGCAUUUCAAGGCUAGCAAGGCCAAAAGCGAUGUCGCGGUGAUCGGUUUUACGGCUACACUGUUUCGAACAGACACAAAGUCCCUUACUAAGGCGUUUGAUCACGUGGUCUAUGACUUGUCGUUUAUGGACAUGAUCAACGACGGCUGGCUGUCUAGUGUCAAGUUUUCGACUGUGAUUUCCAUGGCUGACCUGACCGAGGUGGAGAUUGGUGCCGCAGGCGACUUCAAGACGUCGUCGCUUAGCAAGGUGGUCAACACGGACAGAAUGAACAGUCUGGUGUUCCGAACGUGGCAGAAUAUGACCGCGAAACACGGCUACAAGUCGACCAUUGUGUUUUGCGUUGAUGUUCAGCACGUCAGGGAUCUGGUGGAGCUGUUCCGAUCCCAGGGGAUCAAUGCUGAAGGAGUUACAGGCACCACCAAACCGAAAACUCGUCAGGCCAUCAUUGAUGAGUUCAAAAGCGGUGAUAUACCGGUACUGUUCAACUGUGGCGUCUUUACUGAGGGCACAGACAUUCCCAACAUUGAUCUGGUCAUUCUGAACCGCCCUACAAAGUCCAAGGGUCUGAUGAUGCAGAUGAUCGGACGAGGUCUGCGCUUACAUCCCGGGAAAGACCACACCGCGGUGGUUGAUCUUGUGGGGACAGUUCCGGCAGGUAUGGUGACUGCUCCGAGUCUUUUGGGACUUCCUUCAGGCCACCACUGUGACAGAGCAUCGUUUGAGGAACUUCUGGAGGAGAAGAAGAAGACUAAGGACCCUGAUCAUGUGGAGAUUACAACGUUUUCUUCCCUCCAGGACUUUCUCGACUUUGGACGAGAAAUCCAGGACGUGGAAGUGGAGGAAGGAGAGUACGGAGAAGGGUUUGCCAAUCCUGACAACUGGAUGCAUCUUACCCCGAACUCCUGGGCUCUCGACAAGGGUAGUAGAGGCACGUGUGUUCGUUUGACCAUUAUUCCGGACUCGGACAGUAUGAUUGACGGUGAAUCCAAGGUCAAGGCCAGUCUGGUGACCAUGGGAGUUCCCGUUUUUGGCGACGGUAAGCGAUGGAACUUUUUCGGCAAGACAGGUACCCUCAUGGAGAAGGUGUUUGAUUCCAAGAAGGACGCGUUCGAUGCGGCUGCAGAAACGCUGGAGAACAGCAAAUACCUUCCUGAGAUGCGGAUCUGGGCGCAGAAGCUGAGAUCGAGGCCUGCCACUGACUCCCAAAAGAAGUUUCUCAAGCGACUGGUGGACAAGAGUCUCUACAUGCGUCAAUCUGCGGACGUGGCCGUGCUCAUGAAGCAUGCUCAGAAGGCUCUGGAGACUCAGACGCCGAUUGAGUUGACGGAGGAGCAGUUUCUGAAGCUGCGAGCUGCGGAACUCAAGUCGUUCGUGGACAACAUUGAUAUGGAUCAUGCCAAGUUGUGGAUUUCGCGGCUCAAAAUGACUUCUGGAGAACUGUCGAGAAUCUACAAGGCUUCUAACCUGGCUCAGGCCCAGAAGGCGUAUAAGAUUAUGGUGGAUCCGGUCGGAGAGCCGACAUCGCUGGUGGGAGAGCUGAAGAGUAAGAAGAAGGAUACGUCGGUACAGGGGUUGAAGACGUUGAUGAAGGGAUGA